GCUGCGGAGCGUGAGGGGAGGGGGAGGAGGCGACUGCGGUGGCCGUUGGACAGCUGGAGCAGUAGGAAGGGGUGGAGCAGGAGGAGGUGGGGUGGGGAAGCGGCCGAGACUGCCGGUCCUGGCCCCUGCAUCCCCGGGCCAAGCCCACCACCUGGGACCUAGAGUGCAGGAGGCCGAAGCCAUGGAGUACAUCACGCUGCCCAAGGUUGAAAAUGUCCUAUCACUGAAUCGUUAUGUAAACAAGAAACCAGCUAACGGGACUCUCUAUCUUACUGCAACCCAUCUGAUCUAUGUAGAUACUUCAGCUGAAGUUCGGAAGGAGAUCUGGAUUCUGCACCACCACAUUGCUGCUGUGGAGAAGUUAGCCCUUACCUCCAUGGGGCAUCCUCUGAUCUUACAUUGCAAAAACUUUCGGACAGCACACUUUGUCUUUGGGUCUGAUUGGGAAUGUCAUGAAGUAUAUGUUUCCUUGCUCAAGCUCUCCCAACCAGUGAGACCAGAAGAACUUUAUGCAUUUUCUUAUAACCCCAAAUCUUCAAAAGAUGACAGAGAAAUUGGAUGGAAAAUGAUUGACUUAAAAUCAGACUACAAGCGUAUGGGAAUCCCAAAUGACUACUGGGAAAUAACAAAUGCAAACAAAAACUAUGAGGUUUGCAGCACAUACCCUCCUGAAAUUGUCAUUCCAAAAGUGGCUAGCAAGGCGAUAGUCAUGGGCUGUUCUAAGUUCCGAAGCAGAGGACGCAUCCCUGUGCUUUCCUACUUCUACCAAGAGAACAAUGCUGCCAUAUGCCGCUGCAGUCAGCCCCUCUCUGGAUUUGGGUCCCGCUGUCUGGAGGAUGAACAGAUGUUACAGGCCAUUAGCCAAGCCAACCCAGCAAGCUCAUUCAUCUAUGUGGUAGACACAAGGCCAAAGUUGAAUGCCAUUGCCAAUCGAGCAGCUGGCAAGGGUUAUGAAAAUGAGGAUAAUUAUACCAAUAUUCGAUUCAGAUUCAUUGGUAUUGAAAAUAUCCAUGUGAUGCGGAGCAGCCUACAGAAACUCCUGGAAGUCUGUGAAAUGAAAGUUCCAUCUAUGAGUGACUUUCUUGCUGGCCUGGAGAACUCAGGGUGGUUGCGACACAUUAAAACCAUCAUGGAUGCUGGAAUAUUCCUUGCAAAGGCAGUGAAAGUGGAAAAAUCCAGUGUCUUGGUCCAUUGCUCUGAUGGCUGGGACCGCACGGCCCAAGUAUGCUCUCUGGCUAGCAUCCUUCUUGAUCCAUUUUAUCGGACAUUUGAAGGUUUAAUGGUCCUCAUAGAAAGGGAAUGGAUCUCUAUGGGCCACAAGUUUUCACAAAGAUGUGGUCACUUGGAUGGAGACCCCAAAGAAGUCUCCCCUGUCUUUACCCAGUUUUUGGAGUGUAUCUGGCAGUUGAUGGAGCAAUUUCCCUGUGCUUUUGAGUUUAAUGAGCUUUUCUUACUGGAGAUCCAUGAUCACAUUUUCUCCUGCCAGUUUGGAAAUUUCAUAGGAACCUGCCACAAGGAGCGAGAGGAGCUGAGAAUCUUUGAGAGAACCCAUUCUUUGUGGCCUUUCCUGUUACAGAAGAAAACUGAGUUCAGGAAUCCACUGUACAAGGGCAUUGCUGCUUAUGGGGUACUUCAUCCCAACACCUUACCAUUCAGCUUCCAGUUCUGGUGUGGAAUGUACCAUCGGUUUGACAAAGGGAUGCAUCCCAAACAGAGCAUGCUGAACCAUCUCCUCCAUCUUCUCAAUCAGCAAGUGAAGAUAAAGGAGGAUAUGACACACUUAGAAACUAAGCUGCCAAACCUCAAUGUUCUCUCCCUGGAAGAUACUUGUAUUCAGCCUACAACUGAAAGUGCCUUGAGUAAGCCUCUGAAAAAUCCACUGCCUGACACCCCAUGGAGCUGUGACCAGCUGCCACCUGCCCAGUUCCCCAAUGGGAGCCUAACAGGGGAAGGAGAUGCAUUGCCUGAUCUGGCCCCAAAGCAAAAACAGUCUGUGUUCACCUCAAGCCAGCCAGCUGGCUCUGGAACUAAAGGCCAGCAUCAAGAAGAAAUGUACGCCUUUGGAUGCCGUGACUGUGAAUCCAGGCUCAGCUCCACCAAGCCUCAUAAUCUGUGACAAGGAAAGAUAUAUGACCCAACGGUAUAACUCAACUGGAAUUAACCGUGAUCACUCCCUGGAAAUUUUCUUUAAUUUAUUUUGAAAGGUUAUUUUGUUUAUAUUGUUACUUUUUGCUUUUCUAUCAUGUUCAUUUCUGAAUAUGUUCCUCCCGCUUCCCUUACCCAAGGAGUCCCUUGUAACCCAGAAUUUUUUUUUUAAAGAAUGGGGAAAGCAAUUCAGUAAAAUUAACUAGUGCCUCAACUAUGUUUGACAAUACAUGUAAUAUUCUUCAUCUCCACUUCUUCAGUUGAGGGAGGCGUGUGCCUUCAAGACAAAGUUUGGCCAUCUUAAUUAUAGAGGGAUCAAUUUCCAAUUAUUUUGCUCUUUCCAUAUAUAUUAUUCACUUACAGUGAAUUCAGAGACUUGGAAUUCUAUUCAUUCAUCUCUUCUUCCUUUCUCCUGAUUUCUUUAAUUCCCCGUAAAUCUUCCCCUUUAAAUAUUUGGGGGUCUUUUUUUCUCUUGAUAAGCCCUCUUUAACCCCACAAUUCAGUCUUUUUUUAAUACACCAGCAAAUUAUUUGUCAGGGUUUUUUUUUGAUAAUUGUACUAUUUUCCUUAUGUUCCUAUCAUUAGAAGUAUUUACAAGUCAAAUAGCUCUCCUUUGUGUUUUUUGUUUGUUUAAUUUUAUCAAGAAUGUCCCAGAUAUAUUUUUUGGUUGUUGUUGGGUCCAUCCUUUUUCAUUGAUUAAGCUUAGAUUUUUCAGGGUAUGUGAUUUUGGAUUACAAUUCCUUAGCUUUUUGCAAUAUAUUGUUCCAUUCUGCUGUGAUUUCUCAUUAAUGUGGAGUAAUCCUAUGUUAUUUGAAUUAUUAUUCCUUCAUAUUUGCAGCUUUUUCUUUCUCCCUCUCUUCCUUUUUCCCCUGCCUCUUUCAUUAAGCAAAGCAAGUUCCAAUAUUGGCUUUUGUCCAAUUCUACACCUCCACUUUAUCUAUCACCUUUCUGUCAGAAGGUAGGGUAGCAUGCUUCCUGAUAAAUGGGUCCUCUGGAAUCCUGGUUAGUUAUUAUAUUGAUUCUUAUUUCCUGACUGCUCACAAGAUGUCUUUGUUAUUGAAAUGCUAAAAUUUAGCCACUGUAUAUGAAUUCUAAAGCAUGUCCUCCCCAAACCUCUCUCCAAAAUCUGUGGAUUUGUUUUGUUGUCUCUUUCAAGUUAUAGAUAGCUUUCUCCCGUCAUUUCCUGCAAUAUUGUAGUCAUUGUUUUUUUUUCUAUCUCAGCAAAUCCUAUCCUCAGGGUCAGUUACUUUGACUUGCAUAGAAUGCAUGUGUUCUCAUAAUGUUUUUGACUUUGGCUUAUAUUCCACUGUAAUUUAUUGUUUCUUUUUUUUGUAUUAUAAACACUGUUUCACUCAGAACUUUUGCUAUUGUGGAGAAUUUCUCAGCUACAUAUUCCUUUUUGCUACUCUGCUGUUUGUGUUUUAAUUCUGCUUUACAAUCUUUGCGUUCUAAGCUAAUUUCAUUCCUAUUUUUUUGGUAAACAUUUUAAUUCUCUUUUGAAUUAUUCUGUGUUUUCUUGUUCAGUGAUUUCUGUAGGGUUAUCUUUUUCUAUUGUAUAAUUUUGUACUUAUUUCAUAGUAUAUUAAUAAUAGUUCAUAAUGUUU